AGAUCGUUUGAGUGUUUGGAGUUCCGGAUUGCUGUUCCUUUCUCAGCUGCAAUUGCUAGGGUUUUCAUUUCCUGUAUAUUGCAGUAUUAUUUGUUAGCCAAUGAGUACCAAACGCGCUUACAAGCUACAGGAAUUUGUGGCUCAUGCUUCCACUGUUAAUUGUCUCAAAAUUGGAAGGAAAUCAUCCAGGGUUCUUGUAACUGGAGGAGAAGAUCACAAGGUCAAUCUUUGGGCUAUUGGGAAACCUAAUGCGAUACUGAGUCUGUCAGGACAUUCAAGUGGAAUAGAUUCUGUAAGUUUUGAUUCCUCUGAAGUUUUGGUAGCUGCAGGAGCUGCAAGCGGGACUAUCAAACUCUGGGACUUAGAGGAGGCAAAGAUUGUCCGCACUCUUACGGGUCAUAGGUCCAACUGUACAUCAGUGGAUUUCCAUCCUUUUGGAGAGUUCUUUGCAUCUGGCUCUCUGGACACAAAUCUUAAAAUAUGGGACAUCAGAAAGAAGGGCUGUAUCCACACAUACAAGGGCCACACUCGAGGAGUUAAUGCAAUUAGGUUUACCCCAGAUGGACGUUGGGUGGUGUCAGGUGGAGAGGACAAUUCUGUGAAGUUGUGGGAUCUGACUGCGGGGAAACUCUUGCAUGAUUUUAAAUGUCAUGAAGGCCAAAUACAGUGUAUAGAUUUUCAUCCCCAUGAGUUUCUGCUUGCAACAGGUUCUGCUGAUAGGACAGUAAAAUUUUGGGACCUUGAAACCUUUGAGCUUAUUGGUUCUGCUGGUCCUGAGACAACUGGAGUGCGUUCAAUCACCUUCAGUCCGGAUGGAAGGACCCUGCUUUGUGGUUUACAUGAGAGUUUGAAGGUCUUCUCUUGGGAACCGAUAAGGUGCCAUGACAUGGUGGAUAUAGGUUGGUCUAGAUUGUCUGAUCUUAAUGUUCACGAGGGAAAGCUUCUUGGCUGCUCAUACAACCAGAGUUGUGUCGGAGUCUGGGUUGUAGACAUCUCGCGUAUAGAACCAUAUGGCCCUAGUGACAAAAACAGACUAAAUGGUCAUUCAGAAACUAAAUCCUCAAGUGGGAAUAUAUCUGUGCUGAGUGAGAAUACAGCUAAGGCCAGGCUAUCUGUUUCACAAAAUACAGAUCCAUUACAGAAGGAAACAAAAUCUCUUGGAAGGCUGUCAGUUUCUCAAGAUUCAGAUCCUGUGAAGGAGGGGAAACAUUUGGCAUCCACAGGAAGUGCACCUAGUACCCCUCAGAGGAUCAGUUUGAACUCUGGCUCCAAAACCGUAUCUGGUAGUCUGGCAAAUGUGUCUAAUACAAUAGCUCAGAAAAGGAGCUCAUUGAAAUCUCAUUCAACCUCCAAUGUUCCAAAUAUCAAUAAAUCAGAUAUUGUACCUGUGAUUGUUCCCAGAUCUAGUGUAAGGUCAGAGCCGGUGGCUGAGCCUAGAAAAGAUGUUGGUAUUUCUGGAAGAAUGAUGCAAUUCUCGUUGCAGUCAAAGGCAGCAGAUUUACAUAACUUAUCAAACAGAGAUGAAGUGGAUAAGCCCCAUAUUGCCCCUGUAUCUGAGCCUGCAGCUUCUAUGGGUGGUCCAUUGAGUACUGUUGCGGAUAAAAAAUUCUUUCCUCCUGCUGUAAGCUUAACUCAAGAUGAAAAUCGAGGUCCGAAAGUGAACAGAGAUUUUGUUUCUGUUGAUGGACAAAAAGGAGGAAGAAUACGUUCAUUUAUGAAUUUGGAGAAGAGAGAAAGGUCUCUUAAUUACGAGGCUCCAACCUCUGGAAUCUCUCAUGGAAGGACAUCAUCAGUUCACCUGCCAACUUUCAAUGGAAGGGGACAUUCAACAAUGACUGAGAAGGCUACAGUCUCUGCUAGUGAUGAAGAUGCUAUUGCCGAUCUGAUGGAGCAGCAUGACCAAUUUCUUAGUUCAAUGCAGGCUCGUUCAAGCAAGUUACAGGCGGUCUUCAGAUAUUGGGAAAGGAAUGAUGUUAAGGGGGUUAUUGGUGCAAUGGAGAAAAUGGACGAUCAUGCUGUCAUUUCUGAUGUUGUAAGCAUUAUAAUGGAGAAAAUUGAUAUUGUUACUCUUGAUAUAUGCUCCAGCCUUCUGCCACUUCUAACUGGCCUUCUUCAAAGUGAAUUGGAUAGGCAUUUAGGAAUAUCCUUGGAAAUGCUGUUGAAGCUGGUCAGAACAUUCGGUCCAGUAAUUUAUUCAACUCUAUCGGCUACAGCAUCUGUUGGCGUGGAUAUUGAGGCGGAGCAAAGGCUUGAACGUUGCAACCUUUGCUUCAUAGAGCUUGAAAAAGUAAAACGUAUAUUGCCUUCUUUUACGAGAAGAGGAGGCUCGAUUGCAAAGUCUGCACAAGAGUUGAAUCUGACUCUUCAGGAUGUUUCAUGAUUCGGACGGAGUGAUUUAUUGUGUGAAUUCAAUUAUUUAUACCCACUGAUUUUUCGGUUGCUUCUUGUGGGGGUUUGUGCAUUUUUAAAAGACUUGAGCCUCUCCUUCUGGCACCGAAUGGUAUGAAGCCGUGUCUCACUUGGGCUGAAACCCCUGACCUUUAUGUACAUUUCGUGCUCUUCUCUUCAAAUUCCAUGAUAACUGGAGGCACUGAUUCUGAUACCAACUAAUUUGGGGAAGACGAAGAGGAAGAGCCGUGUUACGUUACCCUCAUGCCUGCUGGUUGCACAGUUCUGACUGACGUGAAAAUCUCACCAUCUGACAGCUAACCCUAUUAUGUAGCACCAAAUCCUUACGACUAUGUAAUCAUAACAUAUCAUAUUUUUAUUUAAAGCUUGAUGCACAUGUUGGCGUGAAUUUAUUGAACAAGCCACGAAGUACAAUUUUAUGUUCCUCGAGAAAUGAUUGCUGAGCUUUGCCCCCUCACGAGCAGAUUCAUACACCUGGCCUUUUGAAUGCGUACUAUAUGUUCAUAUUUUAGUAUUCAGAGAAAACACAUGAUGAAAUAUGUUAUGGUGCUUGCAAAGUAUGUAUUGCUGUUUUUGGUUCUUAU